UCCGGCAAUCGGCACUGGGUACCGGGGACUAUGGGGAAGCUGGUGGUGCUGACCCUGCUGGGGGUCGGCCUGGCCCUGGUCGGGGAGAGGUUUGUGGCGUUCAGAGAGAGGAUUAAUGCAUUUCGAGACUUGGAGCCAGUAGAACCUCCCAACUGCCACCUCAUUGAGGGAAUUGAAAAUGGCUCUGAAGAUAUUGAUAUACUUCCCAGUGGGCUGGCUUUUAUCUCCAGUGGAUUAAAAUAUCCUGGCAUGCCAAGCUUUGCACCAGACGAGCCAGGACAAAUCUUCAUGAUGGAUCUGAAUGAGCAGAACCCAAGGGCCCAGGCACUGACAAUCAGUGAUGGUUUUGACAAAACAUCAUUCAAUCCACAUGGGAUCAGUACUUUCAUUGACAAAGACCAUACUGUGUACCUUUAUGUUGUGAAUCAUCCCCACAUGAAGUCUACUGUGGAGAUAUUUAAAUUUGAGAAACAACAACGUUCUCUGGUUCACCUGAAAACUAUAGAACACGAACUUCUCCAAAGUGUGAAUGACAUCGUGGCUCUCGGACCAGAACAGUUCUAUGCCACCAGAGACCACUAUUUUACCAGCCACUUCUUGUCACUAUUAGAGAUGUUCAUAGAUCUUCAGUGGACUUAUGUUCUUUUCUAUAGUCCAAGGGAGGUCAAAGUGGUGGCCGGAGGAUUUAGUUCUGCCAAUGGGAUCACAGUCUCACCAGACAAAAAGUAUAUCUAUGUAGCUGAUGUAACAGCUAAGAACAUUCAUGUGAUGAAAAUUCACGAUAACUGGGAUUUAACUCGACUGAAGGUAAUACAGUUGGACACCUUAGUGGAUAACUUAACUAUCGAUCCUGACACAGGAGAUAUUUUGGCAGGAUGCCAUCCUAAUGCCAUGAAGUUGCUGGUCUAUAACCCCAAGGAUCCUCCAGGGUCAGAAGUACUUCGCAUCCAGGAUGUUCUGUCUGAGAAGCCCAGGAUAAGCACGGAGUAUGCCAACUCGGGCUCUGUGCUUCAGGGCAGCUCUGUGGCUUUUGUGCACAACAGGAGACUUCUCAUAGGCACCGUAUUUCACAAAGCUCUGUACUGUGUGCUCUAGACUCCAGAUGAGCCAAGAGUCUACAUGUUUAGUAAAAGUAAAACCCUAAUUCUAGGAUGAGGGGACUGCAAGUAAAUCACAAACACCAACAAAA